AAAAAAGCCGCUGGGACAAUUUUACACACUGCUCCAAGUUUCUCAUCCAUCUCAAACUAAGACACUAUGACUGCAGCUUUUCGAUUGGCUAUCCUGGAGUGCGAGGCGCCCCCAGCAGCAGUCUUAGAGAAGUACGGGACGUAUGGAGAUAUUGUCAAAAUCCUCCUGACGAGUGCCUUUGAAACAGAUUCCCUUCCAAACCUUGAAGUAUUGAAGUGGAAUAUCAUUCAAGCGGAAUCAUUCCCAAACUUGGACGCUGUUGAUGGUAUUCUCUUGACAGGGAGUCAGUACACUGCUUUCGACGAUGACCCUUGGGUUUCACCUCUUAUGGAAUACAUUCGACUCGCACACAAUGCCCGUAAGCCGCUUGUAGGGUUUUGCUACGGGCACCAGAUCAUCGCAAGAGCGCUUGGCGGCACGGUGAUCCGAAAUCCAGUCGGCUGGGAACUUGCAGUUGAGAAAGUCAGGCUCAGCUCAUUGGGCACAAAGCUAUUUGGUAGGAACGAGCUGAACAUCCAUCAAGUUCACCGCGACGCUGUGGUUGAAACUCCCCUCGAUGUCGAGGUAAUUGGGCAGAGCAAGCGGUGCGGGGUACAAAUAUCGUACCAGCCAGGGAGGCUUCUAAGCUUCCAGGGGCACCCCGAGUUUAAUGCAUUUAUUACGACUGAAGAGAUCGAGGAGAGACGGCAGCAGGGUAAAAUUGAUGACGACCUCUAUGAGGAAGCCAUGGCCAGGGUGACCCUCGAGCAUGAUGGCAAGUUGUUGGCGAAGGUGCUGUGGGAACAUCUCCUGAGUGCUGAUCAAGAAGCUACAAUGGGCCGGGCUAGCCGGCUUUGAUGGUGGUGAUUCGGGGCCUGUAAAUUAGUCAGAAUGAAAAUAAC